AUAUUAAUGUUCCCAUAUGUUUGUCGGAGCUAGUUCAGUUGUUUUUUUUACCCAGAGAGGAGAGGAGUUUUAUUCUCUUUUUUUUUCGUGGGAAAUGUUGAAAGGAGAGGGGACGGAUAAUCAACUUUUACCAGUUAAAUUUAGACACAAAUAUAAUAUUUUGUUAUAUUAAAUUUUUCCAGAAAUAUGGUUUACAAAUAUGCAAAUUAGGCAGUAUAUCAUAUUUGCAUAUUGCGCAAAUCCAUUUUUCUGGACGAAACCAGCCUAAAUAUUUUGGAGUCAUUUUGUUAAGACACUCCCGGACCGGACUAAAAUGUGAUUAACGCAGAUGCUUCUUAGUUGGGGUGUGGGAAGAGUAUGACUUAGACUACCAAACGCCUAUUUCGACCGAAUCACUAUCUCUUCAAAUUCAUUUAUUUACUGGGAUCUCUAUCCAUGAACUAUUUCAGAUAAAAUGUUCAAUAUGAAGACUUUCUCCUGGUUUGUGUUCGCCCUGUGUAUUCUCCAUGUGGUGGGUGAGGUGAUCUACAAGACAAAGGGGCACUCUGUCAAUAUUGAUUGCGGAUUCAAGACGUCUAACAAGGAUGUAGAGUGGAGACAUAAAGCUGUGGGUGGAAGUGAAUCUGUGCUGAUCAUGGACAUUAAAGGGAAGAGUGGCAAGCAGCGGAAAGGAAAGGCUCCCAUGGUUGAAAGGGCGAAAGUGAGAGGGGACGGGCUGGAAAUCUCUGCUCUAAAUGAUGGUGAUGCCGGACUUUACAUCUGUAUGGUGGACAGGAAAGAGAUGGAUCACAGACUCGACUUUGUCACAGUCAAUGUCCACCCCUCCAAUGUCCUCAUCGAAGGCACCAAUGCUAUCCUCGAGUGCCAGGUGACAGGAGUGGAUCCCUUGCCCAGUGUGGAGUGGCGUAGUCCAGGUGGAACGGUGGAAGGGGCCCCUGGACGACCUGGCUCUUGGAAAGUCUCUUUCAACUCUGUGGCCCUGUCAGACACAGGAGACUGGACAUGUCAGAUUACUCAGGAUGAGAAGACACACAAAGAGACUCAGACCAUCAACGUGAGAAGUUUGUCGCCGGACAAGGGCCAAGAUGAUGGGCAGGGGCACAGUGGACCUAACUCUAAUGUAAACACAGUGACACCUUGCAAUCACUGUACCACAGGCAGCCAGCAGCCCGUUGAGUGGGUGUCCAUUCUGGGCUUAAGCCUGUGGGUGUGGGUGGCAGUGGGAGCAGGAUGCCUGGUGGUGGUCUUACUCCUGGUGACCAUUGUUCUCCUGCACCUCAGGAACAAAAGAAUGAAGAUUUUUACUGUGGGUACUGCAGCACCCAUACUUCCCACGGCUAUGUCUCUAACCGAAUUAAAUAUUGAUUUAGUUAUAUUCAGGUGGAGUAAGUGCUUAAGAGCAAAUGAAAGAGAAAGACAAUACAUGUUUUUCUCCCUCAGAGAAGAGACCGGAAGAUGAAGAACAUCAGAGUGCCCCUGAAGUCCAACGACUACUGCCAGUGUAACCGCACACUAGAGGGUCCACCACGGAGGACGCAGUGAGAGAAGCCUUCGGCUGUACCACGGAAACAGCGCUGAUGGAGCGGAGUAUUAUGGGCUGGAACAUGAUUGCUUGACGACACAGGGCGGAUGGAAGAAUGAUAGAGAGAGAGAGAAAAGUAGUCUUAUACAGUUAGAGCGAUUACAAGGGAGAGAGAGAGAAAGAGAGGGGGGAGAUCAUGUAAAUGGGCUUAUGUCUGUUU